AAAAGUUUUUUGGCUGCACAGCGACGUUAAUACAAUUAUACAAUUCGCAUGGGAUUAUUUGGCAGUGUAAGCACCUGAAAAGCGGCCUAACCGGUUUCGUCAAUAGAAGGUUUUCUGUCAUCUUCCUCCAGAAAGAGGCCACGCGGACUGGACGGAAGCGGAGGUUCUGGUGCAAGAAGCAAUCACGAGAGUUGUCGUGAUAACAAUGGAAAGAGCAGUAGUACAGCAGUUAUCAAUUAAUUAAUCGUAAUAAUAAAAUAAAUAAAUGUAUAAAAAAAAGAUAACGCUAGAGAAUUUCUCUGGGAUCGCACGAUCGAACGCGUGUCCGGAGCGAACUCGUGGGUCCGCUCCCCGCUGAUCGAGGUCGGAUCACCGCUCUCGCUCCCUGCGCGGGCCCAGAGAAGAAGAGGAGCGAAAGCCCCCACUCUGAUUCGCUUGGUCUUUCUUCUUCUUCUUCUUCUUCUUAGUGAUGGAACCUCUGCUCGCUACGAGCAGAGUCCAGGGAACACGGGGCUCCUCCUCCUUCUUCCUUCCGAGCAGUGCGAGCCAUGGCCUCCGUUCCCGAGCGGGAGUGAGAUCAACUAAAGCUAUAAGUGCGUCUCGCUGGCAAAGUAUAUUUGGAAAGGUCAGAAGCAGCGACUUCGCCGCAUGCGAUACUGCAAAAGUAUGUUGUCGGCAUGUUGGAGAAGGCGUAGUGGAGGAAAAAGCUCCUCAAAUGCUGGAUAUGAGCCUUUCACUGAAAUAUUCUACUGGUAAGGCUUACCCGCUUGGAGCAUCAGAAGUUGAAGGCGGAGUUAAUUUAGCAAUCUUCUCGCAGCAUGCUUUCUCGGUUACACUUUGCUUGUUAUUAUCAGAUAGGGAGGAUAAUGAGGAACCAGAUUCUGGCAUUAUUGAGGUCGAGCUGGAUCCACAAAGGAAUAAAACUGGCGACAUAUGGCAUAUCUGUGUGGAGGGCUUGCCUAGUUCUGGUGUUCUUUAUGGGUAUCGCAUUGAUGGUCCUCGGAGAUGGGAGCAAGGGCAUAGAUUUGAUAGUAGCAUCAUCCUUCUUGACCCCUAUGCAAAAUUAGUUUCUGGUCGAAAAUUUUUUGGUGAUACCAAUGAUAAGUCAUCUAAAUUUCUGGGAACCUUUGACUUUGUUUGUUCUUCUUUUGACUGGGGCCCUGAUUACAAGCUUCCGAACAUACCUGAGGCUGACCUUGUCAUAUAUGAAAUGAAUGUUCGUGCGUUCACGGCUGAUGAAUCGAGUGGACUAGAUGUAGACAUUCGUGGGAGCUAUCUCGGUGUGAUCGAUAAGAUUCCUCACUUGUUGGAACUGGGAAUCAACGCUGUGGAACUGUUGCCAGUUUUUGAAUUUGAUGAGCUGGAAUUUCAGAGGUAUCCAAACCCCAGAGAUCACAUGGUUAACACAUGGGGUUAUUCUACUCUGAAUUUUUUUGCGCCCAUGAGUCGGUACGCCAGUGCUGGCGGUGGUCCGUUGGCUGCUUCUCAAGAGUUCAAACAGAUGGUUAAAGCUUUGCAUAAUGCUGGAAUAGAGGUUAUCUUGGAUGUGGUUUACAACCAUACAAACGAAGCUGAUGAUAAAGACCCUUACACUACCUCUUUUCGGGGCAUUGACAACAAGGUUUAUUACAUGGUGGACCUCAACAACAAUGCUCAAUUACUCAAUUUCUCAGGCUGUGGAAACACAUUAAACUGCAACCACCCUGUUGUUAUGGAACUUAUACUCGACAGCUUGAGACAUUGGGUUAAGGAGUACCACAUAGAUGGAUUCCGUUUCGACCUAGCUAGUGUUCUUUGUCGAGGAUCUGAUGGGAGUCCCCUCAAUGCACCUCCAGUUGUGAAGGCGAUUGCUAAAGAUGCUAUAUUGUCAAGAUGCAAGAUAAUUGCUGAACCUUGGGACUGCGCAGGACUUUAUCUAGUUGGUAGGUUUCCAAAUUGGGAUAGAUGGGCGGAAUGGAAUGGAAAGUACCGAGAUGAUAUUCGGAAAUUCAUAAAGGGUGAUCCUGGUAUGAAAGGGGCCUUUGCAACCCGUUUAUCUGGAUCUUCUGAUCUCUACCAGGUAAACAAGCGCAAGCCUUACCAUAGUGUCAAUUUUGUCAUUGCACACGACGGAUUUACUUUGUAUGAUCUGGUUUCAUAUAAUAACAAGCACAAUGAUGCUAAUGGAGAACAUGGUCGUGAUGGAAGCAAUGAUAAUUUUAGUUGGAACUGUGGAUUUGAAGGAGAAACUGAUGAUAUUAAUAUUGUCAGUCUGCGUUCGAGGCAAAUGAAGAACUUCCACAUGGCAUUGAUGAUCUCUCAGGGGACACCAAUGAUGCUAAUGGGAGAUGAAUAUGGUCAUACACGCUAUGGAAACAAUAAUAGUUAUGGGCAUGACACUGCCAUAAAUCAUUUUCAAUGGGGACAGUUGGAAGCAAGGAAAAAUGGUCAUUUUAGAUUCUUCUCUGAGAUGAUAAAGUUUCGUCACAAACAUCCUGUACUGCAUCAGGACAAGUUUCUUACCAAACAUGAUGUCACGUGGCAUGAGGACAGCUGGGAGAACCAUGAUAGCAAAUUCUUAGCUUUCACGCUACAUGAGCGUAAAUUUGGAGGAGACAUCUACUUGGCUUUCAACGCACAUCACUAUGUUGUUGAAGCUAUAAUACCCUCACCACCCCACAUGAGACGGUGGCACCGAGUGGUUGACACAAAUCUGCAAUCACCUAAUGAUAUUGUUCCAGAAGGCGUACCAUUCAGUGGACCAAGGUAUAAGAUUGCUCCAAACUCUUCCAUUCUCCUUGAGGCCAAGCCGUAAUACCGCAUAUUUCACUGCUGCUUAUGGCUGGCAUUUUACAUGGCUUUAGAAAGGUUGGUUGUUACAUCAGAUCAUAGUAAGAGUAUCAAGUGAUCUCGGACUUGGUUUAUGUUUACGAGAAGUAAAAUUUUGCCAUUCUAAAACUGAAAAGUCUGAAAUGGAGAUCCGUUCUUAGACAAUGCUACAUAUAGAGACAGGAUAUUUCUCACUUACAAAACAAGAAUGGAGGUAAAUUACUGACCGUCCCUAGAGCACGUGGCAAAGGGCUUGGUGAUUGGUACCCGAGACCUAAGUUCGAAUCUUAGUUGAUUCACAUUUCCAGAUAAGUUUAUUUCUAAAUAAAAUAAAACAAAACGAAGCGGGUAGCGUGCUACCUAUCUCUCUAAAAAAAAAAAGAAUGGAGGUAAAUUAUGUUUCAAUCUCGAAAGCCCGGCAACCAUAGAGAGCCUGAAAACAUGAGAAGGUAACUUUGAGUAGUUACGGCUUAAUUAUUAGUUUCAUGUUUCUUAAAUCUGUGUUAGCAUAAUGUUGUAGUUUCAUGCUUCUUGUAAUUGUUGUAGCAUGAUUUCAGUUAUUAUCCUGAGCAUUAUGAUUAUGAUUUGAGUUGCAUCACAUAGCGGAGCUGCAAGGGAUGUUAAGCUGUUGUCUGGUUUGUUAAGGAUGUUGCGUGAGUCCAUGUUUUAAGGAAAAUUCACCAUUGUUGCUUCGCAUUUUCUUACCUAUUGUUUAGGUAAGAGUCAGUGGUUCGUAUUUUUCUUUCUUGAUAGUUCACGGUACAAACAAUUGGCCAAAUAAUUGCCCAACCAGCCUAUUAAAUUAUGAUCGUGGUACGAGCCGUUGUGAAGGA